UCAAUCUGCAUUUAACGCGAUUCCUUCCCGUUUCGCAACCCAAAAUAAAGUCGCAACCGCACUUGUGACUUCUUCAAAAGCAGCCUUCCUCUCGGCGACUGCGCUCUUCGAGUAAUCCAAAAAGCGCGUUCGACUUUCUUGUCAACGUGCAACGUCGCCUUGUCGACGCAAAAGCCACAAACAGUCAUCGCCACUGUCUGGCCCGAAAAUACGAAUCACCUAUCUGAGGUGAAUUGACACAACACCCCCUAUCGUCAAUCACAUCACCUCAUUCUCACCGCCCACAAUGCCUGCACCCAUCGCUAUUUCCCAGACUCAAUCUCAUCUGGACUCAUUUGGCGCUCCACGGUCAAGCGAUAUGACAUCCGGUGUGAGUGCUAGCAACGUACCCUACCCGACACCUGGUAGCGCCUCCUACCGCGAAGCAAUGGCCCUUUCAUUUGGCAAGGAUGUGGCAGACGUCAUGGAUUACUCGAUCGCAAGUUUUUCAACCUCUACCGACUCCACAGCCUCGGACGCCACUGCGCUGCCUUCCACCUCCGUUUCGCGCAAGCUCGACACCACAUUUUGCCGCAACUUCACCUGCUGUGGCAAGGCUCUCGAUGACCUGCACGACCUGCUGCAGCACUACGAAGAGCGACAUGUCCGCUGCCAAGACGACGACUUGCCAUCCAUGACGUCCGACGAUGAUUACUCCUCCCAAUCCUCUGCUUCGCAACCGCCCAGCCCUCGCUCUAGCUGCCACCACGAUGCUGACGACACCUCCGCAUUCGACAUAGCCGUCAUGCGAUCGCCCUUCCAAGCAAAAGGCAAAAAGCGCAGCUUCGGUCAAUACAGCAGCUCACACAACCCCACCCAUCAAUCUCUGCGACGUGCAUUGAUCGAUGGCGGCAUCGGCAGACGUCAGCCUCAGAUCUACACUGCCAACUCGCCUUUUUCCACGCCGGACAGCUCCGUGCCUGGCACUCCAAUCGGCGAAAGCGAGGCAGAUGCUGCCUUCGUUGGUGGCAUGACUCCUUCCUUCUCUUCAAUGUCCAUCCGCAACGGCUUCCACGACGACCACAACCUGCCAAGCUGUGCCCCACCCAACCUGUUCUUCCCUUCGGGCGGUUCAGCUUCCCAGUCUGGCCACGUGCAACCUCCCAUGAAGCGCGAGCGCGUCGACUCGAUGGGCGGAUCCAUCUCCUCCUCAACUGCUCGUGUCAUGGCUGAUGCCAUGUCCGAGGGCGAGCUCAAUGGCGCAGGCGGGGUCUUCGUCGAGAAGCCCUUCAAAUGCCAGAUGCCUGGCUGCGACAAGGCCUACAAGCAAGCGAACGGCUUGAAGUACCACCGACUUCACGGGACCUGCAACCAAAACUUGCUUCCGUUGAACCAGCAAAGCAUCAAUGGCAGUCAUCCAAACAGCAGGGCUUCUACUCCAUCUGCUCGCACUGCCAUGAACCCUGACGGCACAUUGUGCGAUGGGUCUACGCCACCCAGUCCAAGCUCAGCUGCUGCUAUGGAGAUCGCCGCCAGCAGAAUGGAGAAGCGUUACGUCUGCCAGGUUGGUGCGUGCGGCAAGCACUUCGGCUCCAUCUCAGGGUUGAAGUACCACUACACCCACUCUGGUUCCCACGGUCUACUCGGCAUGGCAUUGUUGUCUGCGAACGGCGGAGGGGCUAGCGCCAGAAUUGAAACGUCAACCGGACGACCACUAGUCAACACCAGCACCUUGACCAGCGAGCAGCUCGCCGCUGCAGCUCAAGCGGCGCUAGCUGCGCAGACAGCGCAACAGAAUGCUGCGCAAGCUAAGGCUAUGGCGACACCGCAAACCAGCCCAACGGCGUCGCCUGCUCCCAUCAUAUCCACCUCGCCCAAGACUUCGCCAGCUCAAGCAUCACCGACUUUGGCAUCUGCGACCAGCGUACUGGCAAGUUCAUCGCCUGCUACGAUGGCAUCAACGCUCGCACCGGCGCCUUCCACAGAGACUGUUUGAUUGCCAAUCUUUGAGACAGUCUUUCCAGCUACUCUACGUGUGCCAUCGUCGCUCCACUGUACAAAUAUGUUCUUGCCUUGCCAGAUGUUACCGGUCAUUGCUCUACAGCGAGUCACAUCCCCACGCCAGGUAGCUGCCCAGCCGGUACUGCUCUUUUCGAAACCCAUAGACGCUUCGGAUACCUCUUGUACGGCACUGUCAGCCCAUUGUAUACUGGUGCCGAUCACCACGGCUCCGAAGUCACCCAUUCUUCCAAUGUCUUUUUCGCGACUUGAUUUGUCUCCACAUCAUACAUUAUCCACCACUUCUAACGCCCAGAACAUGCACGUUCAGCCCGCCUUCUCCCCUCACCACCUUUUUGGCAUGAGGUCGUCUUGGACGGCUCUAUGUUCCAAUGC